AUGCGAGCGGCGACACUGAGCGCGGUGUGGGCGGUGUGGGCGAUGUGGGCGACGUGGGCGACGUGCGGGGCGCUGGGGGCGCUGGGGGCGGGCCAUGAGGCGCUGCGUGUCGAGCUGCACUCGGGCGCGCCGCCGCCGGACGCGCUGAGCGGCCCGGGCGGGGGCUCGGCGCGCUACCACGAGCGCGUGGGCGAGCCGCUGGCGGAGGCGCUGCGUCGCACGGAAGCCGAGGCCGGCGAGGAAGCGGGCGGGAGGUCCUCUCGUAUCACCGGGGGCCUGGCCUCCUACCUCGGCGAGCAUCCGUUCUUUGCGGGGCUGGUGAUCACGCUGAACACGGGGCGCACGUCGGUGUGCGGCGCGGCUCUGGUGAGCAACUACCGGCUGGUGACGGCGGCGCAGUGCUGGUGGGACGGGCGCGCGCAGGCGUACAGCGUGCUGGCCGUGCUGGGCUCCGUGCGGCUCUUCUCCGGCGGCACGCGCGUGUCCGCCAGCGCGGUGAUCGCGCACGCCGGCUACGACCCCGACACGCUCCGCAACGACAUCGCCGUGCUCGUCGUGCCCUACAUCUCCACCACCGGCUACAUCAGGCCGAUCGCGCUGCCGGAGAACUCCGAGCUGGGGCUGACGUUCACGGGGCUGCGCGCCACCGCCAUCGGGUACGGGAAGACCGGCGAGUGGGCGGAGAUAACGUCGAGUGCCGGUCUGCGGGACGCGGUGGUGCCGGUGCUGAGCAAUGCGGAGUGCGAGGCGGUGUACGGCGCGGGCGCUGCGGGCGGCGGCGUGCUGUGUACGAGCGGUGCGGGCGCGCGCGGGCCGUGCGGCGGAGACGGCGGGGGCCCGCUGGUGCUGCAGUUCGCGGGCCGCAGGAUACUGAUUGUUGUUCGUCAGAUCGGAGUGACGUCGUUCGUGUGGGCGGCGGGGUGCGACCGCGGCCAGCCCGCGGGCUACACGCGUGUGACGACGUACGCGGGGUGGGUGCGCGCGCAGCUCUGACCUGCGCCGCGACGCGCUCUG